GGCGAGUAACUGGUGUGGGCGCGGCGCCCGGGGUCGGGGGGGAGUGGGGCUGGAAUGCCGUCCCGGAUCCGGAACGAGUCGUCCGGUUGAAAUGCCCCGGGGUGCCUGGGGACGGGGAGGGUCCCCGCUGAGCCCUUAAUCCGCUCCAGUCGCUAAGCGCCUUAGCGGGCUGCUCCGCCCCCGGCCCAGGACAGAGUCCCCGGGAGAGCAGUGGCGGGGAGCGGGGCUGGCAGUGAGGAUCCGUGUCCCUUGCUCGGGCCAGUUGGGGUGAUGCAGUGACCCCGUGGGGCAGCCACACGUCAUGGUGGACUACUACGAAGCGCUGGGGGUGAGCUGCAAUGCCACCGCCGACGACAUCAAGAAGGCGUACAGGAAGGCUGCGCUGAAAUGGCACCCGGAUAAAAACCCAGACAACAAGGAGUAUGCUGAGCAGAGGUUCAAGGAGAUCGCCGAGGCAUACGAAGUGCUGUCGGACAAGCAGAAGCGUGAUAUCUAUGACCGUUAUGGCAAGGAUGGACUCAUGGGGGCAGCAGGACCAGGAGGCUCUGGCGCCAGUGCUGGGGCCCCUGAAUUCACCUUCACCUUCCGCAGCGCUCACGAUGUCUUUCGGGAGUUCUUUGGCGGGCGAGACCCCUUCGCUGACUUCUUUGAUGAGAUGCUGCCCUUCUCCGAGCUGCGAGGACCUGGCCCACGGCACCAUGGAGGAGGUCACUUCUUUUCCACCUUCCCAGGAUCCUCAGAUUUCUUCGCCUCGUCCUUCAGCUCCGGUGGCAACAGAGGGCUGGGCUUCCGCUCCAUCUCCACCUCCACCACCUUUGUUAAUGGCAAGCGCAUCACCACCAAGCGGAUUAUUGAGAAUGGGCGGGAGCGGGUGGAAGUGGAGGAGGAUGGGGAGCUGAAGUCGAUCCACAUCGAUGGUGUCCCUGAUGACAUGGCGCUGGGGCUGGAGCUGAGCCGGCGGGAGCAGCAAGCCUUCCCCAGCACGCAGCCCGCCUCGCCACCCGCCCCGCGCCAGCCCGCAAGCUCCUCGCCCGUCUGCCUCUACACGGACAGCGAGGAUGAGGAUGAGGACUUGCAGCUGGCCAUGGCCUACAGCCUCUCGGAGAUGGAGGCUGCGGGGCACCACCGAGCAGGUGGGCAUGGCCCCGGCACCCCAUCCUCCUCCCGCAGAGCCCGUGGCACCCGGGGGGGGCCAGAGCGGGAGCUGGCGGGGGCCAGCAGCCCCGCCACAGUGGGGCACGAGCCUGCUGCCCCCAAAGCGAAGCAGUGGCACUGCCCCCUGCUCUGAGUGUGGAGCUGAGGCUGUGCCCCUGCCGUGGGGCAAGGAGAGGAAAGGGGGGGGUUGGUGAGUGGGGCUCGGCUCCUGCCUCCCCCAGCAAGGUUGGGGGCUCUCCUGCCCUGCCUCCUUGCUGCUGCUCAGGUGGGUGGGCAGCUGGUGGCACCCCGGGAUGGGGGUGCUGCCAGAGUUGGGGGUGGUGGCUGGAAGAGGAGCCUCUGGUGGGGUCCUGGAAGAGGGGCAGCUCCUGCCCUGGCUCCUGGAAGCACAGGGUGCCUGUGGGCAGGCAUGCCCCGGCUCUGCCUGCUCCUCUCUCCCUGCCUGCUGCCUGCCCCUACCCAUGCUGGGAAUACUGGAGUGAGCUCUCCCUCCUUGCAAGGAGGAGUGUGUGCGUGAACUCUGCUUUAUGCCUUGUGUCUGUCUCCCCUCUGGAUGCUGUCACUCCUGCCUGUACUCCCUCCUCCUCUGUUCCUCUCACCGCAGACCCUGCCUGGUCACCCCCUGCCCUAUGCCUUGCACA